AUGUCGCGCCCAACAGCCUGGCCCCGCUCCUCUUUCCCCCCGCUCGGUGCAAACUGCCCAGCGACCAGCCGAUGUGUCCAGAACUUUGGCCACUGUCGCCGAACGGCGGCGACGGCGGCUGUCUACGCCGAGGCGUGCAGCCGCGCCCUCCAGGCAGUGAUGUGGAAAGUUGUCGCGGCCGACCUUUCGCCCGCGGCUCCCCCUAACGCAGAUGGCAACGAAACUGGGCAUGCACUCGUGUCUCCUCGCGAUCUCCACAGGAGGACCAGAACAGACGGCGAGAGAGCGCCUGUGCAUGGGUCUCCUGAGUCAGUGGGCCCAACCGGGCAAACCGCGGCGUCGGCUGGAGACGUGCAGGAGAGCAGCGCGAGAGGCGAAUGUGAGGGGGCGAGUGCACGAGACGAGGAUCUCUGCAGGCCGCCCCGUUUGACUCGGCCGGGCUGUGAGGGUCUCAGCGAAGGAGGGAAAGAGAUUGGAGAGAAUCGGACGGGGAAUGCAGUUUCUGGGGCUUCUGGGGUCGGUGGUUGCGCGGCGGACCUCGACGAAAGCAAAGCGAAAGAGGAAGGGGAGCUCGAGAGUCCCUACAGGGACCCAGCGGGGGCAGAUGCACAGGGAGGUCAGACAGUGGCUCGAGCAGGUGUAUAUACAGAAGGCGAGUCGUGGCUGUCACUAGGGAACCCGCAGCAGCUUCUCGUGCCUACAGGGAGUUUCGGCGAAUUGCGCAAGAUCCUUUUCUGUCCCGCCAAGCACUGUUCCUGCGCGGCGUGUCGUAACGGGAGUCUCUUCGAAGAGGACUUCCAACAGGGAAGGGAGGACGCACCGUCGGCGCCGGACCCACAGCGGGCGCGAUCUCCUUCGGCCGAAGACACGACCCAGACGGUCGGGUCGAAUGCUAGAGGAGAGGGGAAACAGCUGUUUGUCACGGGAGACGAAAAAGAGUGGCCAAAGCUCACGAGUUCCGAACGCGACACUGGCCAAGCGGACUCCGGCUGUUGCAGUGUCGAUACACCUGACGCCUUCAAGGUGCUCGAGGCGAGUGUGGGCAAACUGCGGCAGUCCGGCCUUCCUUCGCAGCUUCUGCUUCUUCGUUUCUAUCCGCGGCCGCGGCGGCCGCGGGAGGCGACCAGUUCUGUCUCUGAGACUCGCGCAGAAAGCACUUCCCUUGAGCCUCGGGAGGUCGGUUCGCGUAGCUCGGGCGGCGACGCGUCAGGGUGUUGUGUGGAGCGUGGAAACCCGCCCAGCGAACCGGAGGAAGGCGACACGGUGGACGUGUGUGCUUCUGCCCCGGCGAGUAAGGACCCGAGUGGACAGCCCUCAGAUUCGCCGCCGCCGUGGCUGACGCUUGAGGAACUGCUCCUCGGCGCAGAUGCGACUGAGAAAGAGAGCGCGGCAGGGGAGGGAGAGUCGGAGGCGAGAGAAGGGCGCGUCCUCGUUUCGCUUCUCGGGCAGCGCGCGGGAACUGCCGAUGGCCCGGAGCGCGUGGUCGCGUUUGCGGUGGAUCGGUCGACAUCUGCGCGUUUCCUCCGGUUCCAGAAAAGCAAGCGGAGAGCAGAAGCGAAGAAAGUUUCGUCGUGGUGCGCUUGCGAGGCGGAUCGAUGGCUCUCCCUGAGCGCAUGCGGGACCGCCUUUGCGCGUGUCUCGUGGCAGGCCACGCGGCUCAGGACCGCAGAGACACGCGGCGAAGGGACAGAGAUAACGGGCGGGCUGAGCAGGAGUCUCGACGCGGACUCGCGAAUGUGCGGAAAAGAAGAGAAACUCUUUGUCAAGGAAGUUGUCUUGUGCGUCGUUUUGGUUCGGAUCGUCGACUGGAAGAUUGCGCCCUUCCCGCCGUGUAGCGCCGGAUGGCCGCUCCCAAAGUCGGCGGCACGCGCCAAGAACUGGGCAGACGAAGGCCAGCUGCAGGCGGAAGAAGACAGCGCGCAGCCCAGCCACGACAGCCAGGGUGUACAGACAGCUCAAGACGGCGGGUCCCUGCCCGUUCCUUGGGUUCCCGCCAGGGUCGAAAUCGUCGACGAGGAGAACGGAUCUGCGGUGGCUUCUCGUGGAAACAAAGCCAAACAGACAGAAGGCCAGGAGGCACCGAUGACAAAAAGUGCAACGAGUCUGGAAGACGUGAGUUUCAGCGAGCGUCUGGGAGGGACGGAGGAUCCGCGAUGGCGCCCCAAUGUCAAUUUGUAUCUUGGGGCGGCUGUCUUCCCGAUAUUUUCCUUGUGUAAGACGAAAGGCGAGCCCGAAGACCGUCCCUGCGACGACGACAGCCCUGUCUCCGUCGUCUUGCUGUCGCGGCGAGACGGAGAUGCUGAAGCGCCCGGGAGAAAGCACAUGCAGGAGCAUCUCCUCGGCGGCAAAGAUCCAGCGGGGCCCACGCUCCAUGCAUCCUCUCCGUUUCCUCUGACGCAAACCGCAGAGUUAUGGCCAAAGGUGCCAGGUGUAGCGACUCCAGGACACGUUGGUGAUGGGGAUUCCCCACCCCGUGAUGGCCUCCCGGGCAACAGCAAUGCGGAGGCAGACAGAGACGAGCGAGUCUCGCCUCGCGGCCAAAGACCAGCGUCACCGGAAAACCAGGCGGGGAUGCCCCCCGCGGCGAGCAUGUCUAGCGCGUCUCCGGAAGCGGAGAACGUCACGGAGAGACGAUCCGUCACAGGCGCUGACGGCCUUUGUAUUCCGGACCCGGGUUUCGGGCACGUCUCGGCGUUGCAGGUGGUUGAGAAGCCGCUUUGUCUCUCGAGGGAGGAAGCGAGCGAGCAGCGAGGUGCUGCAGGCGGUCCGGUUUGCGCUCCACCUUUGGAUGUGAAAAUUCAAGAGCAAGACGAAGCCGCGGUGGAGGCGGUAGGGGGCGGAGACGGAGGAGGGAAAGCGAGGGGAGCGGCGACGGGACUUGGCGAGGAACCGAGGCACGGAGGAGAGACGGAAGAUGGACCAGCCGAGGCGCCAGCGGAAAGAGAGACCAACUGUGUUUCGCCUCAGCAUCAGAAUGACGCGCUUCGCCCCAACUCAAACACUUCAUCUCUCAGGCCGCCCUCCCCGAUGGGGUCCCCUUCUCGUGUCACCCGUACUCUUCGUACCCCUUCUAGCGCUUCGGAUCCUUCGUUCGCCUCUCCCAGUUCUACGUCCUCGCUUCCGCCUUCGGCGUCGGUGCCGUCUUUCUCUCCGUCGGAGUUUGCGUCUCAAGGCGAAGCCCACCCGGCGACGGCUCUCAGGGCCGCAGGCGACGUCUUGAAAGAGGGAACCGAACGCGCGGGAGAGGGAUGGACAGCGGUCGCGGGGCGGCCGGACCCCGGAAGAGAUUUUGCGGAAAACGCGGAACGCGGGUCACCAGAAGAAGCAUCCGACGAGAAGCGGAAGAGGAGGAAGAAGAAGAACAAGAAAGAGGAUCCGGGAGUGGCAGCGCGGCGACUCGAAGCGACGCGAGGCGAGGAGAGCCCAGUGGCGCACACAUCCUCUGCACGAGGCGUGGGUUUCGAGCAGAAAGAGCUCGACGUUGCCAGCGGCGAGCAGGAGGGACGUCGCAGCAGAUCACCCGUUGCGUGCGCCGCAGGGGCGUCUCGUCCUGAGCCUCUGGACGGCACGGGGGACCUACUAGCGGGUCGGCUCGCGCGCAGACUGGACUCCGAGCCAGAGGAAGCAAGCGCAGUGGUAGAAGGCUGUGGAGAGAGGGACGACGCGCUUGGCGCCACGGCAGUUGUGUCGCCGGGGCGCCGGCAGGCGCGACCGGGGCAGGGCGACGAGCGAGGCAGCGAAGCGAAGGGACAGGCGGGUGAGAGAGAGCCGGUCGAAGCGGCGCCAGGCAGCGGCGAGGGGAGUCACGAGCCGAGUCGAGGGGAUCCGCAGACUCAGUUCAACCUCCAACCGUACCCGUCUUCCGCUCUGGGCGGGGACAGUCCGGUGGUACCCGUGGCGGCGUUGCGUCAGCCGCCGGGAUCGCUCCUGGUUUACCCGCCUUCCGUCGUCGUGGGCGCCGGCGAGCGCGAAGACGAGGACUUUCGUUUUCGACAGAUGUAUGGGACGUGGCAGCGUCAGCAGUUGUAUUGGCACCAGAUCUUCUUGCAGCGGUUCCAGGGAGAGCAGUUCCACCUGCGGCGCGCGUCUCAAAUCCAGUACGCCGCGUGGUUGGCAAGGUUCUACGAGCACCUACAGACGAACCUGCCGCCGUCCCGCGUGGCGCCUUUCUUUCCUUUGUCUGCGAAGCAGCACGUGGCCGGUCGCGACGAGGGCAAGGCGUCCGAGCCGAAGCCGGGGGCGACGCCGACGCCCGACGGGCCCGCGCCGUGCACCCCCAACGGUUUGGCGAGAGGCCCGAAUCUCGGCUACCUCCGCCCGCCUUCUCCGCUCGUUCCGCCGCAGACUGGUCCGUUCUGGAACGCGUCCCCUCUGGCGGCCCUCGCCACGCCGGCUUGGCACCCGCACGUGCUCCAGGAUCUCCCCCACGGUUGCGGACUCGCCGGGGCGCUGCCUCGAAGUCCGAGUGACUCGAGCCACUGUCCCUCUGGGAGCGAGGACAGAGGCCCGGAGCGCGUCGACCGAGACGCCGCGACUGCCGCAGCUGGAGGGCCCGACGAGAAACGGGAGGACGCAGGCAGCUGGGGCGAGGCGAACACGUUUGGCGGCGCCCGAGACCGGGACGAGUGUCGACCGUUGCCACAGACCGAAGGCGUGGAUGUCGCCUCUGGGUCGAGAAACCCGGUGGGGGACGAUUUGCUGGGGCGUCAGAUUGAAAGGGGCAGAGACGGUCAGGACUGGACUGGCCAGUCUUCCGGACCGAGAAGGUGCGGAGGCGAACCCCAGGGGGGUGGGAACCGGACUCGAGGAGAGACGCCCCCCCGAGGUGUGCCCUCGUUGCCCUCAGCCUCGCUUUCCCUUGGCCCGUCAGCCGAGUCCGUCGCCCACGCCCUUCCGACAUCGUCUCCACCAGCUCUGCCUCCUCCGGCGCAUGUCCUCAACGCCGGCUUCGUUCCCGCGCCUCCCCCCGGCACCUUCGCGCCUGCGACGUCGCCCAGCGGUCCGGUCGCUCAUGCGAGUGGUCCAGGCCCUUUCCUUUGGAACGGGCUCGCCGGCCCCGCAGCCGGGACUCUGCCGACUGAGGGCGGCUUCCUUCAGCGGCCCCCCGGCCCACCGUUUGUCGCCUCGCCGUGGAUGUACUAUACCCUACCCUACAUGCGGAAUGUCGGCGGGCUCGGGGCUGGGCCCGCCUUCUAUCCCUAUUCGGGCCCUCCAGGCCAGGUGGGCCCGGGGCCCGAAGACCUCACACAGGCGAAGGGCCUCUCGACGCUCGCGGGCGUUGGCCCGGGCGUUCCAGGCCUCACGCAGCCGGCCGGCGCGCACCUGUUCCCUUUCUCGUCGCUUCUUCCCCAGGCGCACCCGGUGACGACUGCCGGGCCUUUGGCCUACUCAGGGAUCCAGGCCUUCUCCCCGUAUUUGCCGGGAUUCGUUCCAGCCGGGAGGGGCUACGCGCAGGCCCCCGGGGCCCCAGAGGCGCACGCCCCGCUUGGAGCACCUGGAGGCAUAGGCGCCGGCCUGGUUCGCCCCUUCGUCACGCCGACCGUCCCAGGGCAGAUCCCUUCGCUCGCUCCUGCCGGCGAGGGCGCCGCGUGUUUGGGCCAUACCCCGUUCCCACCCGUGCUGAUGCGGCCGCUGGCGUACCCCGGCGUGGUCGGGCAGGCUUUGCCUCAGCCGGCGUGGGGGCCUGGGGGCCUCGUCGCCCCGUACACACAUCCAACCUUCUUGGGGCCGUCCCCGCUUCCGACCGGGGUCGCCGAGGGCGGCGCUGGGGCUGCAGGGUCUCCGGCGUCGUUAGGGACAGAUCGGAGCUACCUUGCAGGCUCCUCGUCCGCCACGGUCGCUGGCCCACUAGCCGCCACCGGGUUCCUGCAGACUGCGGCGUCCUUCGCGGUUCCGAGAAGGUUCCCCCCUUCCUCGACUUCGCAUCUGGCUGACGCGCGCCCAAACAAUUUGGUCUUUGCAGCCGGAGCGCCAGUCCCCGCCUCUGCUCAACCCUCCGCGCCGCCGAUGCCUGUCGUUCUGUCGCUUUCGGGGCCUGCGUACCCGCCUCAAGCCGGUCGUGCGCUCACGUGGGCUGUGCCCAUGCCGCCCCAAAAAGGAGGCGAAAAGGCGGGAGGCCAGGGGGUCGGGGAAGCCUCGCCGUUCGCGUCUCCCACGACGCAGGGCGAGCCUGUACACUCUGGCGUCGCCAGAAGCGAGCGAGGUAGCCUUGGACCCUCGGGUCGGCGUGGAGACAGAAGCCCGGAACUGGACACAGGCGCCGAGAACGCACGAGACCCCCCCCGGCGUUUCGCGUCGCCCGCCCCGUCCGGCCGUUCGCACGCCUCGGUGGAGCUCGAAAGGGACACGGCGAGCAGAGACGAGGAGCUGGGCCCAGGGGAGGGGCUCGCAGCAGAGACUGCGGCGGUGUCUCCCAGUCGCGCUCACAUGCUCGAGAGAUGCGAGUGGGAGUCCCCGAUGGCGAUGCAUGCGGAGGGGGGAGUAGCUGAGAGGCGGAGAGGUGUGCAGGAGAAGCACGGUGGGGAGGGGAACGAGAAGCCCCAAGCAGUGGAGAGAGCCUGGCUCGACGGCCAGAGACGCCCAGAAACUCCAGAAGCAGACUACGAAGGAACGGCAGAAGGCGCGUCGGGUUCCUGUCGCUGGGGCAGGCACGAUGAGCAGGGAGCUCGGCCGCGGGUGGCGACAUUGAACCUGCAUCCUACCGGCGCACCUCAGGCGUGCGGUGAACCGGACGCCGCUUCGCCUUUCGUCCACGACGCCAGAGCCGUGGACAAGGCCGCACACAAGCCACGGAGGUUCGACCGGGCGUGUCCUGUGGGCUCUUUGUCCCCUGUUGCUGCAGCUAGCCAGGCGGCAGGGGCCUGGGCCACGGGGACGGACAGGGAGACAGGUGAGUCGAACGGCGCUCGACCGCCGUUCGUCCGCAGUCGCUCGUCUUCAUGUUCGCUUCCUGCUCGUGGGCCGCGCGCGUCCGAGUCGCCUUGUUCUUGUCACCCUCCCCACAUAUCGCCUUCCUGCGUCCCCGCGACGACCGCAGCCGCGACGGCAGCGCGCUCUGGGGCUUCUGCCCCGGAGCAAUUUGCAGGCCGGUCGUCCCCGCAGUCCAGGUGCUCGUGUCCCUGUUGCCCCUCCUCGCGGGCUUCCGACAGCGGCGGGAGAACACCCGAGCGGCCGCGCUCUCCGGCAGCCGUGGCUGCGCGCUGUGGAUGCGGACCGCACAUGGGCGAGAACAACUCGGGCAAAAGCUGUCCCUGUUCGUUUUGUCAGCCUGCGGGCACAGAUGUGCGUCCAGCGUCGAGGGGAAAGGAGAGACGCGAAGCCCUACACAGCCCCCAGGAAGAGGCCGCGCAUCUCGGAACUGUCUCGGAGUCUUGCGGGGCUCCGAAAGAGAGCCGGGCGGCGAGCCGAAAGAAGACCGCCGCGUCCAGCUCGACUCUGUCGCGGUGCGCGACGCGGGAGACUGAGCAGCGCGUGCCGCAGGGUCGAGACGGCCCGGCGAACUCGCAAGAGGAGACAGAAGAUCGGUCUGACUGGGCGUGGUCGCCUCGUGAGACGCGAGACGGGGGGCGUCGCUCUGCUCCCUGCGGGCAAUGCCGUUGCUCCUCUGGCGAGGAAGUGCGGCGGGCAGUUGUCGAUGCCUCAGGAAAACCUGCAGACGUGUUUGCCUCUCCGUUGACCGACGCUGCGUCGCUGGAAGGCGCGAGGCCCCACACUAUGGUGGACACGCGUCUCUCGCGCACCACGGCGCGCUUGCUGCGCAAAGGCAAGAGAGCAGAACUGAAUCUGCGGGCGUUCCACGCCUGCACGACUCCUGCAGCGAACUGUCUCGAGGAAGACGGAAGUGAAUCUGAACCCGGCGUGAGAGGGCGCUCGAGACGGCUGGAUGCGGACCGCCGGAGACGCUCGGCAGAGGCCCAGGGUGACAGGGAGAAGCGUCGCGAGUCGGGGGCGGAGGCAGGCGGGACGGCGGGGGAGGAGGAGCUAGAGAAGACGCGGAGAAGCGAGAGAAAGGAAAACAGAGACGAUGCGCGCGCAAGCGAGCAGAAUGGAGUCGCUCACAAAGGGGGCUCGACUGUCGAGGAAGGCAGGGAUUCGCAGGUGUGGGAAGCGCGAGAGGACUGGGACAGGGGCGACAGGGGACUCACCCCGUCGUGUUCCGAUGCUGAAGGCGAGGUCUUGGAAGGCGGGAGGGAAGCCCGCGUGGAGACGCAGCGGGGAAGGCAGACGCGGGAGUGCGGAGGCGAAGAACCUGCGGCGUCUCGGGGUUCGUCGUGGUCCUCUUGUUCUUCCCGCAGGUCGAGCGUUGAGCGAGAUGCGAAAGAAGUGAAGUUUUCUCUCGAGGCGCUGUGGCAGUCGUUUGAGGAUGCAAGCGUGUACGGGCUCGAGAUCCCGUUCUUGGACGCCAACGACAACUUGUCCUUCGUCGUCUACAUUCCGUACCUCUCGGCUCUCCACCUGUACCCCGCUUCGGCGUCGCUCGGCGACGCGCUCCUCCCUUCGCAGGGCCUUCCGCUGCCCACAGGCGCCUCGGAUCGAGGGACACCUGUCUCCUCGCGAGAGGGCGCGCGGUCGGCUGCGACGAGCGUGCACGGCUCGCCACCCACCUCGGCCUUCGCGCAGCCUCCGAAUGGAACGCCCAGCCUCCCUGCGAGUGCUUCAGGGCGCGCAGCCUGGUCGCCUGUUCUUUCUGGGGCGGGCGUCUCUCGGUCCUCGAGUGUCUCUGCCCCGGAGCCGGGGCGGGCGGGGCAAAGCCGAGGCGGGCCGGGGAGACACGCAGAAGGCUCCGAGAGACGCGGAAGCGCGAGCGACGACGCAAAGGAAGGCCUGCGUCUCCCCCUCACGAUCCCCGUGGUGGCACGACGCACCCCAGCCGCCUGGACGUCCUCAACUUCUGCGGGCCAGGACGCCGCCAAGCAGCCGAGCUUCAAGUACACGGAGGUGCGGCUGCUGUACCAAAGACGCCCGCUCUUUCAACAGAUCGAGCGACUCCUGCAGGGCGAAGAAGUCAUGCAGAGUCAACAGCUCAACCUCCUUGUCUCCCAGUCCGACGACCUCGACCAGGAUCUCUCCUGGCUGUGCGUGUAUUGGCAAGCGGUUCAGCGCGAUUUCCGCAUGACGCCGGCGCCAUCCUACCUCGUGUACUAUCGGUUCCGAGCGACGCGCGACAAGGCGACUGGGAUUCCGACCUUGCAGCGUUUUGCCACGAUCCCUUCGCGUCUCGACCUUCCGCUUUUCAUCCACACCGGCCACCGGCCUCUGGCGUCUUCGCCGGCGGGAGACGCCUCGGAUGGCAGCCAAAGAGACGCUUCCGAGGCCGAAGGCGGAGGGGACGGGACCCGAAGCCUCGAGGGCCCUCCAGCGGAAGGCGGAGCGGCGGAGACACGAGACACAAGCGAGCGCGCAACCGUCGAAUUCACUGAAAAAAUGGAGAAGGAAAAGGUGAAAGUGACCGAGUGGCUGAGAGAGCUGCGCCUGAACCACCCAGACUUUGAGCACUUGAAGGCGAGGGGCAUGGGUAGACUCACCAGCCUGUCGAGACGCCCAGGGGAAGGGUGA